CAAAUUGCAUGUCUUUUAAAGGAAAGAUAGCGUAAAUAUGAUCAAAAUAAUUACUUUGUUGGUUGUAUAUCUUGUUUCAAGUACAGUCGCUGUUCAACUAAAAUACAUAAGCUGUGGUUCAACUGCAACUGUUCACUCGAUUGCUCUGGAGCCAUGUGCAUCAGAACCGUGCGCAAUGAACAUUGGACAAAACUAUACAGUAUGGGUUAAUUUCACAGCAAAGGUGAAUCAUGACAGAGCCUAUCAUGUUUGGGGUGGCGAUGUAACUGGUUUUGGAGAUGUUAUUAUGUUGAACAUUAAUCCAAACGACGCAUGCAUCCAAAGUGUGAAAUGCCCAAUACAAGCUGGCUUGCAACAGACAUACAAAGCAACUGUCACCAUUCCAUAUAUAAAUCCGAAAAGAAUGGCAUUGACGUGGGAGGUCAAAUCUACAAAUGACCCUGCUGCACGUCCUAUAAUAUGUUUUGUAUUUCCUGUUACAAUUCUAGUCAAUUAAAUAUUAUUAAGCAUAAAUUAAAUCUCAG